AUGGCUAAACUACCAGGGUUUGCCACGUCUGAUCUGGGCCCACUGGAGGGUCAGGAGGAGAGAUGGGAGAGAGAGGAAGAGGAGGAUUUGGACCAUGCCCAGCUGUUGCGAGAACAUGCAGACGAAAGCUACGAGGAGCUCAUCAGACCCAAGAAGCUUUUGAUCCCCGCCAAAACGUCCAGGAGCCACAGAGAGCUUCACAGAGAGCUGCUCAUUACUCACAAGAGGGGAGCAGGUGUGGAGGAGAAGCCAGAGCUGCAGCGUGUUUUGGAGCAGAGGAGUCGAGCUCAGGCCCUCAAGCAGGAGAGAGAGGAGGAGGAGAGCAGAAGGAGGCCUACUCCUCUGGAACAGGAGCUCCUGAAGAGACACCAGAGACUGGAACAGUUUGAGAGAGAGCAGCAGGACGCGCGAGAGAGGACAGAGAAAGCUCCGGAGUUUAUCCGCGUCAAAGAGAGCCUGAAGAGGACUGCCGUCACGCUCACGGCGGAGAAACAGGUUUAA